AUGAGCCUUGUAUACACACAAUAUGAUAAGAUUGAUAUCUACAACGUAUACGCACCCAAGUGCAAUACUGAUGAGUCAGCACUUUCAUCCAGUUCUAAAAAUACAGUAGAAAAGACAGCCAAGAAGUUCAAAAGAUUGAGGAUGUUCUCAGGAUAUGAUCCAUGUUACUCAAUCCACAUUGAAGAUUACUUGAAUAGGAUUGAUGUACAGAAAUCACUUCACGCGAAUGUCAGUGGAUGGAUCAAGGAUAGAAGAUGGAGUAUCUGCAGCGACUCAGUUUUUGACAACUAUUAUGACACCAUAUUUACUGUUCGUCCUAUUUACUCAAAGCUUGUCAAGACUGGAUUAAGAGUUUGGGUCUACAGUGGAGAUAUGGAUGGCAGAGUUCCAAUUAUUGGGUCACGGUACUGGGUAGAAGCGCUUGGCCUUCCUGUCAAGUCACAGUGGCAACCAUGGUACCUGAACAGUCAGGUUACUGGAAGGUUUGUUGAGUAUGAAGGAUUGACACUGUUGACUAUCAGAGGAGGAGGCCACGAUGUGCCUCAAGACAAGCCAGCAGAGGCGCUUGUCUUAAUCAGUUCCUUCCUUUCAGACAGACAACUGCCAACGGAAAACAACUGA